AUGUAUCUAUUUCUUUCUUUCUUUCUUUCUUUCUUUCUUUCUUUCUUUCUUUCUUUCUUUCUUUCUUUCUUUAAUCCUUUUCCAGGUUUCUUCUUUCUUUCUUUCUUUCUUUCUUUCUUUCUUUCCUUCUUUCUUUCUUUCUUUCUUUCUUUCUUUCUUUUUUAUUUGUUUCUUUCUUUUCUACUUUCUUUCUUUCUUUCUUUCUUUCUUUCUUUCUUUCUUCCUUUCUUUUUUAUUUCUUUCAUUCUUUCUUUCAUUCUUUCUUUCUUUCUUUCUUUCUUUCUUUCUUUCUUUAAUCCUUUUCAAGGUUUCUUCUUUCUUUCUUUCUUUCUUUCUUUCUUUCUUUCUUUCUUUCUUUCUUCAUUUUUUAUUUGUUUCUUUCUUUUCUACUUUCUUUCUUUCUUUCUUUCUUUCUUUCUUCCUUUCUUUUUUAUUUCUUUCAUUCUUUCUUUCAUUCAUUCUUUCUUUCUUUCUUUCUUUCUUUCUUUCUUUAAUCCUUUUCAAGGUUUCUUCUUUUUUUCUUUCUUUCUUUCUUUCUUUCUUUCUUUCUUUCUUUCUUUCUUUCUUUCUUUCUUUAAUCCUUUUCCAGGUUUGUAUUUCUUUUAUUUUCAUUAUUUUAUUAAUUUUUCAUCCCAAGCUUCUUUCUUUCUUUCUUUCUUUCUUUCUUUCUUCUUCUCUUUUCUCCUUUACUUCUUCUACUUUUUACUUUUUUUCUUCUCCGUUCUUCUAACCUUCUAUCCGCCAUUUCUUUUUAUAUUUCUUAUUUAUACAUUUUUACCUGAUUUUAGUUAUUUUCUUUUCCCUUUCCUUCAUUCCAGAAUUUUUCCCUUUUCCCCAGUUUUCAAAAAACACCAUUUUCUUUUCAUACGUUUAUCUAAUCUUUCUGGGGUUUUUUUUUGUUUUUGUUUUUUUUACCGCCAUUUUAUUCAUGACUUCGUUUUUUUCUGCAUAUUCUUUUCUCGCUUUUCUCUCUUUUGCACAAUUUUCCACAUGAUUUUCGUUAAUUUUUUUCAUUCGCAUAUUUUGCUGCCAUUAUCGUCACCGUCAGUUUUAUUUCAUUCAAGCCUUUAUCAUUUUAACGAGUGCCUCGCGUACAAAGGUUUUCUUCAUUUCUUUAUUUCGUUUUUCAUUUUUAUUUUUUCUAUUUUCCAAUUUCUAGUUUUUCGUUUCUUUUUUCUUUGUUCCAAUCAUUUUCACUCUUUUAUCGUUUUCCAUACCUUUUCUUUUAUUUCUCCUUCUUUUCUUCUUCAUUGCUCUUAUCUUUCACUCUUUCUCUCUCUCUCUCACUUUUAUCUUACAUUUCCUACAUCUUUUUUAACUCCUCCUCGCACUUCCACCUUUUUUCUCUACGUUUCUAUCACAACAUAUUCAUAUCUAACUCAUCAUAUUCAUAUCUAUCUAUCUAUCUAUCUAUCUAUCUAUCUAUCUAUCUAUCUAUCUAUCUAUCUAUCUAUCAGUCUUUUAAUAUCUAUCUAUCUUUCUUUAGCGUCUCUUUUAUUUUCUCCUUCUGUCUUGUUCGCUUUUUCUUUUAAAGGAAACGUUUUUCUUUUCUUCUCUUUCUCUUUCCUUCGUUUAUAUUCCUUCCUUUUACAUUUCACACUCUUUCUUUUUCAUACGUCUCCCAUAUCCUUCUUUAACUCUUUCUUACUUCUUGUCUUUCUUUUUUUUCCUCCAUGUUUCUCUCUCUCUCUCUAUUUUUUUUUGGUUUAUCUCCCCUUUUAUCUUUCUUGUUCUGUCUCUUUCGCUCUUUCUUUCAAAGCAUUCUCUUUUUUCUUUCCUUUUCAGUCCGCCUUUCUUUCUUUUCCUUUAAACAUUGUUUUUUUUUCUUUCUUUCUUUUACCUUUCUUUCUGUCUUUCUUUUUUCUUUCUUCCCACUUUCUUUCUUUCAUUCUUUCUUUCUUUUUCUUUCUUUUUCUUUCUUUUUCAUUCUUUCUUUCUUUCAUUCUUUCUUUCUUUCUUUUUCUUUCUUUUCUUCAUUCUUUCUUUCUUUCUUUCUUCAUUCUUUCUUUUCUUCAUUUUUUCUUUCUUUUUCGUUCUGUCUUUCAUUCAUUCAUUCUUUCUUUCUUUCUUUUUGUUUUCCAUACUUUCUUUCUUUCAUUCAUACUUUCUUUCAUUCUUUUUAUCUUUCUUUCUUUCUUUCUUUCAUAUUUUCUUUCUUUCUUUUUGUUUAACUUUCUUUUCUUUUCCCUUAUUUGUUUUCCUUCUCUCUCUCUCUCUCUUUCUCUCUCUCUCUGCUUCUUUCCUCUCUCUCUCUCUCUUUUUGUUUCUUUUUUUCCAUUUUUUCCUCCCACAAAUUCUUUCUCAUCGUCCGACACCAUUUUUUCCUCGCUCUCGAAUUAUGUUGACGUUAUUUUUAAACUUCCUUACAUUAAUCAUGUCUUUCUUAAAAUUCUUGCAUAUUUUUGUCAAUGUUUAUUUUUAUUCGUUCUACCUGAUGGUUUUCAGUUGUAA